AUGGCCGACGCAGAGGUUGAUCUCGACUCUAUCAUUGACCGGCUCUUGGAGGUGAGGGGUAGCCGCCCUGGAAAGCAGGUUCAGCUGCUCGAGACGGAAAUUCGUUUCCUCUGCACCAAGGCUCGUGAGAUUUUCAUCUCUCAGCCUAUUCUUCUCGAGCUGGAAGCUCCCAUCAAGGCCAACUACCUUUUCCUUGGUGACUACGUCGACCGUGGAAAGCAGUCCCUUGAGACUAUUUGCCUUCUCCUUGCCUACAAGAUCAAGUACCCUGAGAACUUCUUCAUUUUGCGUGGAAACCACGAGUGCGCCUCUAUCAACCGUAUCUACGGUUUCUACGACGAGUGCAAGCGCCGAUACAACAUCAAGCUCUGGAAGACUUUCACCGACUGCUUCAACUGCCUUCCCAUUGCUGCUAUCAUUGACGAGAAGAUUUUCACCAUGCACGGUGGUCUGAGCCCGGACCUCAACUCGAUGGAGCAGAUUCGUCGUGUUAUGCGUCCUACUGAUAUUCCCGACUGUGGUCUCCUUUGCGAUCUCCUGUGGUCCGACCCCGAUAAGGAUAUCACCGGCUGGAGCGAGAACGACCGAGGUGUCUCAUUCACAUUUGGACCCGAUGUUGUUUCACGCUUCCUUCAAAAACACGAUAUGGAUCUGAUCUGCCGUGCACACCAAGUUGUUGAGGAUGGAUAUGAAUUCUUCUCCAAGCGCCAGCUGGUGACGCUAUUCAGUGCGCCCAACUACUGCGGUGAAUUCGAUAAUGCCGGUGCUAUGAUGAGCGUUGACGAGAGUCUGCUCUGCUCCUUCCAGAUCCUGAAACCAGCCGAGAAAAAGCAAAAGUACGUUUACGGUGGCAUGAACGCCGGCGGUCCCGUCACUCCGCGAAAGCAAAGAAAGAAAUAA